AGAGGGGUGGAAGAGAGAGAGAGAGAGAGAGAGAGAGAGAGAAUGUGUGAGUGUGUGUGUGUCACAAAGCAAAGCAAAGCGCAAACCCAGAAAGUAGCAAAUGCCAAAUGGUAUUGCAGUAAUAGCAUUGUAGUGUAGUGAGAGAGAGAAUAAAAAAGACACCACCCAACAUCACAACCAACUAGGCCUGAGUCGGAAAGUUGCUACACAAAAGCACCUUUGCUCCAUAAUUGACUCCUUUGAAGAUGAAGUUUUCUUCUUUUUACUAGAAGCUGAUUUGGGUUUUUGUGGCCUUUCACUUCAGGCUUCGUCUUGUGGGUUGUUCUCUACUUUUCUGUGCUCUUCAUUUCUGAGCUAAAGUUUGGAUUUUUGGAGGGUUUUGAUCGUGGGGUUUCUGGUUGCUUAAUCUGGGGUCUCAACAAAUUCCCUUAAUCAACUACUGUUGCUUGAUAUAGAGCUUUCUCUGGGUGUUUCAGCUAUAAUUCCGGGUGGUUAUUUCAUUACUAUUUUUUCCUUUAUGGAAUCUGAAUGAUUUUGAUCUUGGAUGGAUACCCUGAAUUGGUGCAGACUUUUGUUAUUGGUAUUAUUUAUUUGAAAAUGAUUGUUGGUACUACUUGUGGCUUAUGGUGAUUUUGGGAAAUCGUUAAAUACAACUAGUAACGAGCGAUAAGGAUGGCAGCAGAGUCAAACCCUGGGUUUCACAAUCAAGAUAUAGAUUCCGCUUUGAAUCGGCAUGCAAUAUCAUUUCAGCCUGGUACUAUUAAUAGCUUGUCCGAGAUGGUUCCAAUGGGUAAUUAUUUUGGGUUAAGUAGUACAACUGGGAUGAUAUAUUCUGGGAAUUCAACCAUCAUUAACAGCAACCCUGUCAUGAGUCAAGCUGGUAGUUCUUCUCUUCUUCUUGAUUCAGUCCCAGGGCUGAAGCAUGACACAGGGUUGGCUGUUGAGUGGUCUGUUGAUGAACAGUAUAAAUUGGAGGAGGGCCUUGUCAACUAUGCUGAUGAGCCGAGUAUCAUGAGGUAUAUCAAAAUUGCUGCCACGUUGCCUGAUAAAACUGUUCGUGAUGUUGCUUUGAGGUGUAGGUGGAUGACAAGAAAGCGAAGGAAACCAGAAGAACACAGUCUGGGAAAGAAGGUCAAUAACAGAAAGGAUAAGCCAGUGGAGUCAGCAUCAAAGACAAAUUUGCAUUCAGCUCUGCCCCCAAGUAUGGCUGCAUAUUCUCGCAUGUCACAUCAUAUGGACCAAAGUCAGCGGAUACUAUAUGAUGGAAUUUGUGGUCCUGUGAAGCAACUAAUGGAGCAGAAUGCUCAAGCUUUUAGUCAAAUCACUGCCAAUUUAUCUGCUUACAAGUUGCAGGAUAACAUCGACCUCUUUUGCCAUGCAAGGCACAAUAUCAGUACCAUUCUUAACGACAUGAGAGAGAUGCCUGGCAUUAUGAGCCAAAUGCCACCACUGCCUGUUUCCAUUAACGAGGAUCUUGCAAUUAGUAUUUUACCUAAUAGAACAUAGGGGGCAAAGUGCUGUCUCCAUCAACAUUGCCUACACAAAUCAAAGUGCAUCAGUGUAGAGAGGUUCUCAUUUUUAUGUGCUACACAAGUCUUUGCUGCAAGUUUUUUGGUACUACAUGCGAUUGAGGAGCCAGUGAGUAACUGAUAUCUACACAAUCUCAGGAGUUUCCACAGAUUCUAGUCCAUCUUUGAUCUUACUGCUCCCUGGUUUAUUCAUUUUAUUUGAAGGAAAACCUGAAACUCCUGUUGUAUAAAUAAAAAAACAUUUUCCUCGCAAAAAAAAAAAAAAAAUGAAAAUAGGAAAGCAAUUAAUAUAACAAUGGUUUGAUGAGCUGAAUGCACCUUUAUUGAUUUCAGAGUAUUACCAUGCCAUAGGAACUGUUGUAUAUCUAUGAUGCUAGUUUGCCAUGUACUUCAAGCUUGAGUGAUGAUUAUGUUUAACGGUUGAUAGCUUUUAUAUAAUAUG